UCAACUACUUUACUUAUUUCAUUCGUGUGAAAAAUAAAAAAUAAACAAAUUCGUGGCACAUCCUAUCUGUGACCAACUUUUUAUAUCUACAAACAUGGCAAACUUGAAACAAGAUUUGGAUGAAUAUUUGCUACUUCAAAGCGAUCAAAAAAAGAACUUCAGUGCGAAAAUUUCACAAAUCAAAGUGCCAGAUUUGGGAAAAUUAUUUACGCGUUCUGAGCCAACGGAGCCCAGCAAUAGUUGGCUGCAAGACACACAAGACAGUUGUUGUCCUAAAUUGUCACGACUGCAGCGCAUUGUUGGUUUUGUUGCUUGUUUAGGACUGGGUGCUCUUUGCUUCAGCAUCUCCAUAUUUUACGUACCAGUGUUAAUAUUGAAAGCCCGCAAAUUCGCUCUACUAUAUUCUUUGGGUAGCAUGUUUUUCAUACUUGGCUUUUGCUUUUUAUCUGGCUUCGGUGCCUUUCUAAGGACUGCUUUUUCAAAGCCACGUAUGUUGGUAUCCGGCACAUAUACCAGCUCUUUGAUAGCAACACUUUACUGCGCACUGUUAGUACAUAGCACAGCGUUAACCGUCCUCUUUGCUGUAGCGCAAAUAAUCGCUCUUCUAUUUAUGAUAGUUGGUACUGUUCCCGGUGGAGCUUCCGGAAUAAAGUUCUUCGGAAAAAUGUUCAAGAGUACCGUAUCCUCAACAAGUACACUGCCCGUUUAGUACUAUAAACAUUAGCAAACAUAUAGCUUUUCUUUCAUAAACUUGGCAGAUACAUAUUUCUUACCCGCUUAUAUGUGUAAUCAACUGAGUUUUAUACACAUAUCUCAUAUUUAUCCUUCAGCCAUUUCAAUAGCUAACACUCAAUUUUUAACUGAAAGUGACAUGUGUGAUACCAUUAAAAUAAUCGUUUAUACAUUUUAGCAUAGUCGAUAUUAUUCCAAACACAAA